UAGAAUAGAUAAUAGUAAUUUAUUAAUGAAAUCGGUGAUAGCUCAUGUGAUAGCAUUACACGCUUCCAUGCCACCGGAGGCAUCACCUCUCGCCACACUUUUACAUAGACUGGAUAAAUGUCAAAACAUAUUUAUACUAGCCUGUAUAUCGGAUAUCGAAGCUGUUUUAUUGAGUGCGGUUAUAGCGUCAGGAGGUCAAGUUACUCGGUAUUCUUGUGAAUGUGGUUCUAAAUAUGUUAUUGCUAACUGCGGCCAAGCCAUGGAGGCGAUGAGGUGUCCCGAUUGCAAAACAAGAACUAUCGGAGGUGGUGAUCAUAAAUCAGCUGCUGGCAAUCGUCGACUGGAUAAUAAGCCAAUCGCAGGACCUAUCGCCAGUAACGAUCAAGCCGGAUAUAUUGGAGAGUCAACAAAUCAAACGAUGAUGCAUAGUGUUCGAUCCAUGCCACCUAUUUCAUAUAGGAUUCUACAUCUAUUUGUACACGUUCUCAUUAGUGGUUCUUCACCAGCGGUAACAAAUAACUUCCUUCAAAAGAAUAAUCAAGUCGCUACCAAUGCGGAACAAUAUUGUAUGGAUCAUAUACAAAAUGAUUGGAAUGUCUUAAAAGUAAUUCUAAACUGCAAUGAUGAAAAUUUGGCAUUAUUGUUACACUCAAUACUUUCACUGAUGACUCAAAAUCCACCACCGGCAUCUGCAUUAAAAACUCCCGCUGAACGUGAAGAGUGGGAAACUAAUUUCACCAGAAAUUACGUGUCACCACAAACCAAAAGCGUUACCGAAACCAUUGCUAAUUUCCGCACCAUGCUUGACACCGCGUCAGCCGCACAAGGAAAUAACAGCGGUAUUAUUGAAUCCUGGAUCAAUCAGACACAAGCAAUCGAUGAUGAACAUCACGCUAGAUUCUUACCUCGCCUCUGGAGAAAAAUUGGGAUUAAUAGCUUCGAAAAUUUCCGAGCACAUUUUAAUGGAAAUUUAUCACAAAAUCAGAAAGACUUCCCAUUCCUCUCCGU